AUGGAUGCUGCUACAAUCAGUAAAACUAGGCCAAGUAUGGCCAAGGUUAGGGUGGAAUUAGAUCUUCUAAAAUCACAUCCGGAUAGUGUUUGGGUGGGAUUAGAAGAUGAAGAUUCACCCUUGAGAGGGUUUACUCAGAAAUUGGAAUAUGAAGCUAUACCUAAGUAUUGCAAACAUGGCAAGAAGAUUGGUCACACCAUGACUAAUUGCAAAAUUCUGGAAAAAAUUUGGCCAAGGAAAAGGAAGAAAAAAAAGAAAAAAGAGGAAGAAGAAACAAUGGAGAGAACUGCUGAGCUAGUGAGCCAAGACAAAGAGGCAGACAAUGAUAAUAGUAAGAAAAAGAAUGAUCAAAAUGAACAAGUGUUCAACAACAAUGAUAAUAGACAGAUUGCCUCUACUUCAAAAGCUCUCAAGGUUGCUAAUGGAAAAACCAAAAAAGAGAAAAGCCAAAAAGAUGCCAAAAAAGAAGAGCAAAAGAAGCAAAAUAACACAAAGGCAGGGAAUAACCUUCAAGCGGAGCAGGUUCAACAAAAAGAGAACCAAGACGUGCAACACAAGGAAAAAAUAAAUCCCAAAAUCAAAGUCAAUGAUAUUAAGAAUGAAGAGCUGCGAGCAAAAGAAAUUGAUAAGAAUCUGCCCAGGCUACAAGAAGAUCAAAAUAUGGAUAAUUGUUCGACCACAGAAGAACGGAGUAGUAAGGAAGAUCAAUCUCGAACCAAGAAAAGUAUGUCACCAGAUAGCUUUUCUAGUUCAGAUAGUAUUUCCAGAGAGAUAAGAACAAUUCCUGGCCUAAACCUCGUGGUCGAUUUGGGACUAACAGAGCAUAUAGACAAAACUGUAGAAGCCACACACUUGCAGGAUGCAGGAACAGAGAAGCACAUCAAUCACUAA